GCUCACUGGCUAACCAGACGCCUACAGAUUCAACAGAAAGAGAAACUGUGACUUCAGUCUCCCAUCUACCUAGUCUCACUUUUACAACUCCUGAAGACCUGAAACCAACAUCACCAGAUCGGAACCUGCAGACCACCUGCAUCAUUCUGGGUUUUCUCCUUUUUCUGAGCAUUGUGAUUAUUAUUAUCCUUCUGCUGAAAAGACAGAAGAAAAAUGAUUGUGUUAUAUCUUCUGCUCCAGUAUCAGCCCCUAUCCUGAUGAAUCACAUGGUGCAGAAGUUAACCACUGGAGGGGAUGUCUCCUUGAGCGUCCACAAAACAGAAGGCGUGACCCCUUCAGCAGCCCAUGAAGACUCUGAUUCUGAUUACGAAGACUAUGAUUUCAGCAAGAAGCCCCCUGUGCCUUUCUCUAAUUUCUACACUUCUUUUCACUAUCAAGCAACUGGCGACCAAGUUUCACCACCCCACAAUUUCCCCAAACUGACAAUGCGCCAGGAAACCAAACGUCCUAAGGAUUAUCGGCAAACGGAUCUUACAGCUGAAGACAGUGAUAGCACCUCAUCUGGAGAUUCAGACUGGUAUGAGAAUAUCCACAAACCACAGCAACAGGUGCAGCAACAAGGAGAUGAACCUUCCUUUGCAGGCUUAACAGUUUUUGCCAAACCUUGGUCAAACGGCUUGACUGGCUCUGGAAAUGAUUCAUCUGGCAGCAGUGAACAUCAUAACAUGUGAUUCUAAGGACCUGGGCUGCUGAAGGGAGAGAGCUUCAGGCCUGGCCUCUCAUACAAAAAUGGCCAAGGUUGGCAACAAUAACUUGAGUCCUAAGAGAGACCAUUUUCCACCUUUUCAACCUUGAGGACUCAGCAUUGAAGAAAUAGACCAGAUGAUCUCAGGAUCUUCAACAACUGCAAAGACACAUCAAUGACCAUUUCCCUCCCUGGUUGAAUGAGAAAUAUGCCACCUUUAUAAAGACACAUAUUUCUACUCUGCCCUUCCAUGGGAGAACCCUGUGGGGGAUUAGGAUUUGCACUGAGUUCUGCAUUUGACUCCCCUCAUUUGAUUUUGUUUUGUCACACAGUGAAGUGCCAUCAAACCAAAAUGCAGCUUCAAAAUACUAGAUAAGCUGGGGGACAGAAAGUUCCAGCCAUGUCACCUUGUUAGGAAGUUGCUGCCACCUUUUGAGGUGGCAUCUUUCUCUUCCAGGACCCAAGAGGCCAGUUUUGUCUUUGAGGAAAUUGUUAGCUUAAAAGCCUGAGACUGCUUAGAGAUUUUGGGGGUAACAAAUAGUAUUCUCUCAUGCCUGAAAUUAGAUGCCAAUUCUGCUUCUCUUGAAGAAAGUUUGGUUGUCUCUUAAGAGAUUCUGAAAGGAGGGUGUAGGUUUUUAUAUUGAAGUCCUGGAGUAGCUACACUAUGAAAUGCCAAACAUGUGGCAGAAACUGUCAGCCAUUCAAAGUAUGUGCAUAUGUGCAUGCAAAA